AUGAUGGCAGCAAGAGUUUUAACUCGCUGUGGCGGCAGGACGUUACUGGACUUUGCUCCUGGCGCUAAGAAAGGAAGUAACCGGGUCUACUGGACACCCUACCGACAGACCGCCGCUUCUCUGACAGUUGGACGAGCUGCUGUCCUCCUGGGCCUCCCUGCGCUGUCCUACCUGAGUUAUGGAGCUGUUCGCGGGGUGCAGGGGUCACCUGUGGUCCACGCUCUGGACAAAGAGGGGGCUCUGGAGCAGGCGGACUACCUGUACAGCUGUGCAGAAACAGAGAAGCUGUACCAGCUGCUGCUGCAGCACAAGGACAGCGACGACGCAGAGGUUCUGUGGAGGCUGGCCCGGGCGUGUCGAGACCUGUCCCUGCUGCCCGACACAAACGCCGAGCGGAAGAAGCAGCUGGUCUUCGAGGCCUUCGAGUACGCAGAGAAGGCUCUGCAGCGAGACGACACGUGUUUUGCAGCGCACAAAUGGUACGCGGUGUGCCUCAGCGACGUUGGAGAAUACAAAGGGGUCAAGGUGAAAAUUGGAAACUCGUACAUCAUUCGUCAGCAUCUAGAGCGAGCCCUCGAGCUCAACUCCAGAGACGCCACCUCCUUCCACAUUCUGGGCUACUGGUGCUUCGCCUUCGCAGAGCUGUCUUGGUACCUGCGCAAAGUGGCCGCCAUGCUCUUCGCUUCUCCACCUACGUCCACGUACGAAGAGGCCCUGGAGUUCUUCCUGAAAGCCGAACAAGUCGAUCCCAACUUCUACAGUAAGAACCUGCUCAUGCUUGGGAAGACGUACCUGGCUAUGAACGACAAACAGAAGGCCCAGCUCUGGCUGACCAAAGCUAAAGAUUAUCCCGCUCACACGCUGGAGGACAAAGAGGUCCAUAAAGAAGCUGUGGACCUUUUAAAGAAGCUCGGAUGAAGCGCUCAACCCCUCCAG